AUGCCGAAAAAAGAUCAACACAACUCUGUACAUAACAGCAAUGAAACGGCGUCGCUCAAGUCCAAUGGGUCGGCUUCUUCGCUGUCGCUGCCAUUUUUCGGCAAGAAAAACCGGUUUGGGUUCGGAAAAUUAUUUAAGGGAAACAGCCAUUCUUCCAACAAUGAAUCAGGCAAAGACAUUCUCGGCGCACUGUUGUCACCACACCACAGCAAUUUGAGCUCAAGAUCCCAAGACUCAAACCACCGGUCGCGAUCGACCAUUCCCAUGAUGGAUCAUCCUCACAUGAAUCAUAAUCACGCCAAUCAUUUACAUAACCCUAACAACUACAUGCACUUUGAACCAAGUGGCAAUUCUACUUUGAGCUCAAGCAAGCAUUUAUCCGGAAACUCAAUUCACUCCCAGCUUCCAUCGCAAGCACAUGUGCUGAAAACUGUUCCAUCGCCUGAUACCCACAUGCAUCCUUCCCAACUGCUUCAACGUGAAAUCGAGGACCAACAAAGGUUUAACUCGCCUCCAAAACUUUCACACGGGAAACAUGAAAAAAAGGCUCUCCAUUUAAAACGGUUCUUUAAAAAGAUCCAUGGCGAGCACCAUCAUGACAAACAAUCCAGUCCUGUACCAACUCUGCCAUUAGCCGUUACCUCCGACCCCAAUGCUAAUUCGACCAAGACACUGUAUGAGACAGAAAAUGCUCGGGAAUUGAUUGAAAAUUAUGGCAACCCUGGCAAGUUGAUUGGCGAAGGAGCUUCAGGCUCAGUGUCAGUCGUAGAAUCAACCGACGGGAAGAUGUUUGCUGUCAAAAGAUUCAGAGCGAGAGGUUCGAAGGAGUCCCAAAUUGAGUAUUCGAAAAAAGUAACCUCUGAAUUUUGCAUUGGAUCUACACUUCAUCAUUGCAAUAUCAUCGAUACUUUGGAUAUGCUGCAGGAGGGCUCUAAUUUCCUAGUAGUGAUGGAGUUCUGCCCUUAUGAUUUCUUUACGCUUGUAAUGAGCAAUCUAAUGGUUAAGGCCGAAAUCGCGUGUUAUUUCAAGCAGAUUUGCAAUGGUGUUAGCUACUUGCAUAGCAUGGGUCUCGCCCACAGAGAUCUCAAAUUGGAUAAUUGCGUUGUUACUGCGCAAGGAAUCUUAAAGUUGAUUGAUUUCGGCAGCGCUGUUGUCUUCCAAUAUCCCUACGAAAACGAGAUCGUGAAGGCGAAGGGAAUUGUCGGAUCAGAUCCCUAUUUGGCUCCCGAGCUACUGAGUUUUCAAACUUACGAUCCGAGACCAGUCGACGUAUGGUCGAUUGCCAUAAUGUUCUAUUGCAUGUCACUCCGAAGGUUUCCUUGGAAGGCCCCAAGAGAAAAGUAUCAGUCCUACAGGCUUUUUUGCGAAGAACCGGAAAGUGAAAAGGAUUUACAAAGGGGGCCAUAUCGCCUGCUCAAAUUACUGCCACGCCAUUCGCGAAGGGUUAUUUCAAAGAUGUUGGAACUGGACCCCGAAAAGAGAAUACUUAUGGAAGACGUCAUGAAAGAAGAAUGGGUUGAGUCGAUUGAGUGUUGCGCGCUGGACGAUCAAGGGCAAUUGGCGAGUGUUCCCCAGUCCCAUAAACAUCACCUCAUCACUGAAGAUGAUCUGAAUGAGCUAAACGAGAAACGAAUGGAAGAACAAAGGCUUGCCAAACUACAUGAUCAGGAAGAUAACCCUGCUCCAUUGGAAAAUGUAACGAAAAAGCUGGAGGAAUCGCAAGUAGCAUGA